CACGACCGUGUGUGAGCGCUCAACUUUCAGUCUUUAGCGCGUUUUAAAGCUGAUCAUUUGUUUGUUUGUGCCCUAAACCACGAGAUACAAACGGCCAGAGUGACAGCAACAGCAGGAAAUACCCCCAAACAACCAGCAGGCUGAUUUCAGACGAAGAGGCGGUCAUGCUCCUGGUGGACCCUGGUUUGUACAUUGGCACUGCAGCUGACCUCAAUGACACACAGGCCCUGUCUGAUGCAGCAAUCAGCCACAUCUUGUCUGUGGACUCUGAAGACCCCAGCCAGCGGCUCCCUGCUGACGGACAGUUCAUCAGAAAAUGGAUCAAUGUAACAGACGAAGUGACGUCAGACCUCCUCAGCUACAUGGAUGACUGCAUCCUGUUUGUUCAGCAGGCUGUGGAUGGAGGCCGAGCUGCUUUAGUUCACUGCCAGGCUGGUCGGAGCCGCAGUGCCACCAUUGUGACUGCCUACUUGAUGCAGAAAUACCAGCUGAGCUUCACAGACGCUUACAACAGACUGAGAAGCAUUAAGCAGGAUGUGCAGGUCAACAGUGGGUUUGAGGAGCAGCUGUGUCUGUUUGAAGCCAUGCAGUGUCAAGUGGACAUCACAAGUUCUCUGUACAAACAGUACAGACUGACCAAGAUCACAGAAAAGUAUCCUGAGCUGCAGCUGGUUCCCAGGGAGGUGUUUGCUGUUGAUCCUGCCACUUCUGGCUCCUCUGAAGUGUCAUAUCGAUGCCGAAAAUGCAGACGAACUCUGUUUCGUGACUCAAGUCUUCUCAGUCACCCGGUGGGAGAAGGAGCCUCGGCGUUCAGCCAUAAGAAGAGCAGUAACCUCAGUGGAGAAAUACAGUGCACGUCGUAUUUCAUUGAGCCUGUGCAGUGGAUGAAAGAAGCCUUACUUGGAGUGAUGGAUGGACAGCUGCUGUGUCCAAAGUGUAACUCUAAACUGGGCUCAUUCAGCUGGUGUGGGGAUCAGUGUUCAUGCGGCCGCUGGGUGACUCCAGCCUUCCAGCUGCACCACAACAGAGUGGACGAGAUCCGACAACUGAACAUACAGAAAUAACACCACCACCCUUAUUAGACAGAUGUAAUGAUAAUGCAAAAAAUACAUACUUCUGUAAUUCAGAUUAAUUAAUUAUGAAUUGUUGAACAUUCUAUUGUGUGAGGUUAAAAACCACACUUUUGUAAUUGAAAUAUAUUUUUUUCAACUCAAAAGUGAAAUGUACAAAUUAUGUUUGUGUUUCACUGUAAAUGAGCGGUAAACUGUUUAUAGUAAGAUGUGUGCACAUCUGUUUGAAUGACUCACUUGUACAAUAUGAAUCUAUUUUGCCUCAUAGUAUAAAAAUUGA